AUGGCAGUAUUACUAGAUAGCAUAAGACAGGGCGUCCAAUCUGUGACUUCUGACUGAGAUACAAUUGUCAGGGUUGUAAUGAGAGCUGUAAUGAAGUUUGAGCAUCGUUGGAGGAGUUUGCCUGCUCUCACGAGCUUUGCGCCUCCUCACUAUAUAAUAUAGGGGGAAUGUAAGAACUGCAACAUUUGCUCCUGGUCUAGUAACCAACAAAUGUAUAUGUUAGUGUAUAUAUAGUGUACAUACUACUGUGAAAAACAGAUAAUGUAGACAUUUAAACUGUGGAGUAAGAAGACCCUGUAAGUGCUGCAGCCUAUAAAAGGUAUGAAGGGGGCACUACUGGGUCACAGACUGGUGAUAACCAUGGCAGUCUCUAUAAAUAGUGAGCUGGACCCUGUCUUUUUGAAGGCACUUGGAUAUCUUCACUCAAAGAGCAAGGACUCUGCUGAAAAACUGAAAGCAUUGCUUGAUGAGUCACUAUGCAAGGGCAACGACUCUGUCUACCGGCCUCAACCCAAGGAGAUGGAGCAGCCCAAAGCAAUAUUGUCUAAAAUUAAGCCUGAAACAAAAGCCUCUAGCAGCACUCCAUCAAGCAGUAUCCUAAGCAAACCACUGGCCUCAGAGAAAGUGAAGAAGGAGGCUGAGAAGAGAACUGCUGAUAAGAUGAAAGUGGAAAUCAGUGACAUUAUGGAUAUUCCAAAGAAGCCUCGUAUAGAAAAGACAGAAGCUCGUUCUUCCCCUGUCACAGUACAGUUAAGCAAGGAUUUGCCUGUGCCAUAUCUUUCAAGCUUUGAAGAAACCAGUGCUGAUGAUUUUGCCAUGGAGAUGGGAUUGGCUUGUGUGGUUUGUCGACAAAUGACUGUGUUCUCAGGCAAUCAGCUGGUUGAAUGCCAGGAGUGCCACAAUCUGUACCAUCAGGACUGCCACAAACCACAAGUCACAGAUAAAGAUGUGAAUGACCCACGGUUGGUGUGGUAUUGUGCUCGCUGCACAAGGCAAAUGAAAAGAAUGGCGCAAAAGAAUCAGAAGCCUUCACAGAAGCCUGCCCCAUCAGCUGUAUCUGCAGUGACACCUGUAGCAAAGGAUCCCUCUGUUAAUAAACCUGAGCUGAAAUCUAAGACCGAUUCUGCAAACACAUUCUUAGCCUUCAAGAGAGCAGAAGUUAAGACUUCUUCAGCAGUUUCACCAAAUUCCUCCAAUUCUGGUGUAUCAUCAUCCUCUGCCAGUGGCCUGACAGGUUGGGCUGCAUUUGGAGCUAAGACAGCCAGUGCUGUACCAGUGUCAGGCAAACUAGGAACAAACUCCCAGGCAAUUAGUGUAAAGCCUCCAUCACUUUCCUCGGUGCAGAAAACUGGAGCAGCACCAGGCCUUACUCCAUCUAAACCAGGAUCGAUAUCUAAAAGCGCUUCUGGGGGAAGCAACAGCACAAUCCCUCUAAAGCCACUGCCACCCCUUAUACUGGGCAAAACAGGACUCAGCCGUUCUAUGAGCAGCGACAAUGUCAGUAAGACAGGACUCCCCAGUCCUAGCCCUUCAUCCUCUGGAAGUGUCAGCAGUUUUACUAGCCAGCUAGGUAGUAACAACGGAAGCAGUAAUACUGCAGGAAGCAAUGUGAACUCUAGCAACAAGGUGGCUGUGGAUCCCAGCAUGCAGCAGUCUGGAGCAAAAGGUCCCACCUCACAAGAAUCCCAGCUAAAUGCCAUGAAACGUCUACAAAUGGUUAAAAAGAAAGCAGCACAGAAAAAGCUGAAAAAGUGACUUUUCUUUUUAGACAUACUGUACUGUGAUUGCAGGAAAGAUGGAUUCUUAAUCAAAUGACUUUUAAAUUAUCCUUAAAGAAGAACUAAACCCUAACAAUGAAUGUGGUUAAAAAUGCCAUAUUUUAUAUACUGAACUUAUUGCACCAGCCUAAAUUUUCAGCUUCUUAAUAGCAGCAAUGAUCCAGGACUUCAAA